UUGUCAAAUGACAAAAGAUUAUGAAUUUAUCUGAACGGUGUUCGAAUUAAUUGAUACAGAAUUAAUGUUCUGUAUUAAUAUAUAUUGUGAAAUACGCCUAUUUUAGUUAUAUAUUAUUUAUAUAUCUUUGUGAUAUCUUAAUUAACAAUAAAUCGCUUUUCGACUACUGUAAAGAUGUCUUCUCUGCCGGCAGCUGAUGAAAUAGACGAAGCUAAAGAGCGCGCCCAUUUUCAAGCUGUUAUUAAUGCUUUUAAAUACUACAAAUUAUGCUGCCUGGACAGGAUACACAAGUCCGAGAAAAUCAUCUCGAUGUUGCCAAAGACGCACCAGCACCGCCUGGACAAAUACGGAGCGUACCUCACCAAGUUCAAGAACUGCCUGGACGUGAAUAACAACGUGGUGCAUAUGAUAAUCAAGCACGUAGACACUAUGUUCGAGAACGUAGACCACAGCCAGGAUGGUGAGACGAACGGUACGGAGUCGUUUGGCGGUAACUACAAUAACUGCGAGAUUAGUUCGCAGAAGCAGCACAAGAUGCAGCACGAUGUGGAGAAGGUACAAUCAGUUAUAAAGAAUAUAGUCAGAGAUUGGAGUUCAGCCGGUGCAGUGGAAAGGGAGCAGUGCUAUAAGCCUAUAUUGGAUGAAUUAGAAGCGAGAUUUCCAGUUGAUACUAUCAAUGACCGAUCUCACAUAAAAGUAUUAGUGCCCGGUGCGGGGCUGGGCCGGCUCGCGUGGGAGAUAGCGGCGCGCGGGUUCACGUGCCAGGGGAAUGAGUUUUCGCUGUUCAUGCUAUUCGCCAGCAAUUUUAUCUUGAACAAGUGUCCCGAGGCGAAUAAGCACACGGUGUACCCGUGGCUGCACCAGUACGUGAACCACAUGACGAGCGAGCACCAAGCGGCCGCCGCGACGUUCCCGGACGUGCCGCCCGCGUGCCACCACUCGCACUUCUCCAUCGCCGCGGGGGACUUCCUCAAGGUGUACACAGAGACGGAUGAAUGGGACUGCGUGGCGACCUGCUUCUUCAUAGAUUGCGCGCCAAACGUGAUUGAAUUCAUCGAGAGAAUAUACGCCAUAUUGCAGCCCGGCGGUAUUUGGAUAAAUCUGGGACCGCUUCUGUAUCACUAUAGCGAUAUGCCAAACGAGAUUAGCAUUGAGCCGCCAUAUGACAUUCUAGUUGAUAUAAUACGAGAUGUUGGGUUUGAUAUUGUGAAGGAACGCACAGGCGUCAAAACGAAAUACGCACAGAAUCCAAAUUCUAUGCUGCAACACGAAUAUAAUUCGGUUUUCUUCGUGUGCAGGAAGCCUAAUUUGUAAUACUCGAUAGGACAAAGUAUUAUAUGUAAGAUUAAUUUAUGUUAUGGGCUGGAUGUGUAUGUUUUGAUGUUGCUAGUUCAAGAAAUACUUUUUUUUACUGUCGAAAUUGUAGUUGGCAAUGACGCUAUGAAGUAUUGUGUUGAUAAAAAUUCAAUUGUUAGUCUGCCUAGGAUUUAAGUCUUAAAAUAGUGUUAUUAAAACUCUUUAAAAAUUUACGUAACAUAUGUCCAAAAUUCAAAUAAUAAUGAUGGGAAUUUAUGUGUUAAUUAAACAUCCAUUACUAUUAUUUUUGAAAUAUUUAAAUAAGUUCGAA